AUUUCAGUUUUGCGUCUGAAGUCACGCUCUCUCAAGUACAUGUUCGUACGGGACACAAACACUUGCGGAAAAUUGUAGCGGCAGGCAGAAUGUUGGCCCGACGAUAAGCAUGAAAACGUUCGUCUCCCGAGACUGCUGCUAGAGCCCGGCUGAAUGGCUGAGAAUUGGACGACGCUAAAUAGCCGAAAACACGAAAGCGGAAUAUUCUGUCAACACGAACGAGUCACAUGAGAUUGCGAUUGCGAAUUUCUUCUUACGGAUUGUAAAGUGCCAGUGUUUGUUUAUUAUGGUACACAAAGAAAGAUCUACAAGGAAGAGAACUGCGAAGAACAAUACAAGAGAAAUGUAUUACGCCAACUAUAAUGGGAAAAUGUACUACGACCCGACAACCAACUUUCACGAGACUUCAACAUUUGCGCCUCAAACGUUCGCGCCUCAAACGUUUAUGCCGCAAAUGUUUAUGCCCCAAACAUUUGGGCCUCAAACUUUUGAGAUGCAGAGGACUUUGCUUCCGGCGCUCGCACCUCAAACGUUUGCACCCGCGCCUCAACCGUUUGCAGUCCGAACAAUCGUGCCCGAAACAAUUGCGCCUCGGUCAAUUGCGCCUCGGCCAAUUGUGCCUCAAGCAAUUGCGCCUCAAAGGAUUGAUCAUCGAACGUUUUCGCCCCAAACGUUGUUUCAUCAAACACAGUCGCCUCAAACGUUGCUUUCCCAAACAGCCGCGCUUUUGAUAUCUCCGGCUCCGUCGACAACGCCGCAACAAUCGCACGCAAUCCAACAGAGUCAGGUGCAAUCUGGGACUACUCCCAGCCAGUCGGUUAAUGAGAAUGUUAAUAGCCGCUCGAAUCUAAAUGACAACCCCUCCACAGUGAAUCAGCUCACCAGCUCGCUGCAAUCUAUCUGGACGCCCGCGCUGCAAACAUUUCCGAUUGGGAAUCGUUCGACAUUGCCGGUGACCGCCUUCACGCCAUGGUACGGCGCGACUUGGCACACUGCGGAUCCGUACAACAUGGAGGAAGUUUACAUGAGAAGUUCCACUCGCGGGCGCAACUCCGCUUCUCGCACUCGAGCGAAUUCUGAGCAGGGACCGAGCAAUACCGCUUAUCAGCCACUCGCCGAUUCGCUGGAGUCCUUGUGGGAGGUCCCAAUCACGGAACUAUACGAACCGCAAACCACUCCGCAAACUCCGUACCAUCAGCCGGCAGUAAGCAGAACCUUAUGGAAAGAACAGCAAGGGCCACUUUCGCAAGAUUUAAGUGACGAUGACCUCAUCCCAUCGAUUCAGAUCGGACAGCACGUUGUUUAUCACAAGGACCGACUUUUUCAGCCACCACAGAUGACACCACCGCCGAGUGCACCACUCGAGUGGCGCCCAGCGCCUGAUGCUUACAUUUCGUCCAAAUCGCAGCAUAUCGAGCCAACUUAUCGUACAACUCCGUUUACUUAUUACCUAAAGUUCCGAUAAUUAGAUGAUCAAACGCACGACUCGCUCAAUGUUCGAAUGUUGCAGCCGGGCUUGCGAGAGAAAGAGAGAGAGAGAGAGAGAGAGAGAGAGAGAGAGAGAGAGAGAGAGAGAGAGAGAGAGAGAGAGAGGCCCGGUGAAAAAGUCGUCGUUUAUGUUGAGGUCCCACUCAACACCAAUCGAGCGUGAUUCGUAGAUUGUAAUAUUUAAUUUUCAACAUUUACUACUUUUUACAUAUGUCGACGCACUUACUUUUACACGUGUACAUAUAUAUGUUACAUAUAUACAUAUAUGAUCUAUUUAUCGGGAAUGAAUCGCGUAUUUUUGGUAAUGUACGUUUUUUACUAAUUACCGUCAUGAAGCCGUCAUGGCGCGUUUGCGUUUUCUACACGAGGAAACGCCGAUUUUACAGAUACACGGAUUGAUGAUCGUAAUUCUUUCGACGAUCCGAUACUGUAACCAUUUUUGUGAGAAGCAACGUGAGUUUGUUUUUUUCGGUUGACUUCGCUCGAAAUCGAUGAAUUUUUAAUGUGAAACCUAUGAUUGUAUUUCUCGUGCGGGUUUUUCGAAUUAAUAAUUUGCCGCAAUGGAUGACAAGUGGGAAAUAUAAAAUUAUCGUUCUUUGAAUAACAGUGAAAUGAGCUGUUGACAUUAUCUUUUUGUAAUUUACUGCGGUAUGGUAGUGUACAUUUGUGUAAUUAUAAUGUCAAGUCGGAUGGAUUUUAUCUUGCAGUAUAGCAGAAAUUUGCUAUAUACUAUUGUCGUAAUAAGUUAUUGAAAUUAUUAUUCAAUUGUGCUGCUGAAAAAUAAAGAUGCUGAAUGACCGUCAUUGUGUAUGACUUACCA